CGAUGCUGGCGUUCAUACUUCAAUCGAAUCGCGUCUAAUCGAAUCGCGGCUUCGGCACGAUGGAGACGGAGUCCCUGGAGUGAUUUGAAGGGGGAAGCCCUCAGCACAACACGAUAGAUACACAAUGCACUCCUCCUGUCGCGAAUACGAUGCCUUUCUCUGGACGUUUGGACUCAUAAUAUCACCUCGCUGAGCGAUGAUGCUCGUGUUACGGCUCGCAUUUGCUCAUCGUCCGCUUUAUUCGCGAAAGAAGCAGCAGAACGGAUGCUUGACCACUGCGAAACUGCCUUCACGCUUUAAGCCUCUUCUGAUUAUCGGCAAAGGACACAUUAUCAUAACCACAAGGGCCAGAGAGACACGAUUAAAGUUUCAACGAUGUAAAUCGAGGUCUGGUAUGAGUGAAGUCGCCUCCGUCUAGCACAAACUAGAGCUCACAUUUGAGAGAGUCGAAAGACGACGUCCGUUCAGAGUUUGCUGCGCACCACACCAUGAGCCAGCCACAGCCCCCUCAGCAGGCGGCAGCGCCGGAUCUGGAGGUGAUCUCCCAGCAGGUGGAGGAUGAAGGCCAGUGCAUGGCUCCAGUGCAGCUGGUCAGCUUCGCCUACAGGGACCUUCCUCUAGCUGCCCUGGACCUCUCGCUGGCCGGAUCCCAGCUACUUUCCAAUCUGGACGAAGAGGACAACCAAGAGGGGUCUAACUGGCUGAAGCCGUGCUGUGGGAGGAGAGCAGCGCUGUGGCAGGUGUGUUUGCUGAGUGCCGGCUUCAACUGUUUCCUGGUGGCCUGUGUCGUCUUGGUGGUGCUCUUACUGACUUUGGAACUGCUCAUUGAUACUAAGCUUCUACAAUUCAAUAAUGCAUUCCAGUUCGCCUGUAUCAUCCACUGGAUCAGCCUGGUCAUCCUGUCCGUGUUCUUCACUGAGACUGUCUUUAGGAUUGUGGUGCUUGGGAUUUGGGAUUAUAUAGAGAACAAAGUUGAGGUAUUUGAUGGUGCUGUGAUUGUACUCUCUCUGGCCCCAAUGGUGGCCUCCACGGUGGCUAACGGCCCCAGCAGCCCCUGGGACGCCAUCAGCCUCAUAAUCACCCUCCGCAUCUGGAGAGUCAAGAGAAUCAUUGAUGCGUACAUGCUGCAGGUGAAGGUGGAGAUGGAGCUGGAGAUCCAGCAGUAUGAGAAGACCAAAGCUGUGAGGGAGGAACAGCUGGAGAGACUCACACAGAUCUGUCAGGAACAGGCCUUUGAGAUCAGGCAGUUGAGGGCUCACCUGGCGCAGCAGGAUUUGGAUCUGGCCGCUGAGCGUGAGGCCGCCAUGCAGAUCCACCAUGUGUGGGGCAAACAGAGCAGCAGCUUCCAGGAAAUAGACGGCCUGGGACCCGCUGGAUCUGACAACGAGUGCCGCGCCAACACCAGAGAGCCCAGACCUCCUCCAGAGAGUGUCGUUCAGGAUGAUAUGAAUAACUACAUCAGUCAGUAUUACAGUGAGCCAAGUAGCGACAUCGGGGUGCCCGACCCUGGUGCACGUGUCAUAACCACAGCAGACAUCGAUGUCCACCUUCCUACCAACCCCAACCAGUUGCCGCCUUCCCUCGUCAGUGCUGACGGCCCAGGCAGUGGCCAGGAGCGCACGGGCAGCUCUGUAAGUGAAGCGUCCAGCAUGACCAUGUCCCGGUCCAGCUGCAGCUUCACAGCCCGGCAGCACAGCAUCAGCAGCCACACGCUGGGCUCCACAACUGACUGCAGUUCUACCGUACGGGAGGCCUCCACCUCCGACUACAGCGGCCAACGCUGCUGCCCUCCUCCGUACUGCAGCCCUUUGACCCUCGGCACACAACCGGGUGUCCACGACCCCAGCGCGGUGGUCAAAGAGCUGCUCUAUUCCCUGUCUGAGGACUCCUGCCUGGCGCAAAAAGGCAGGGUGGACCCAGUCAACCUUAAAUUGCCCAGUCCGGCAGGGUCAGUGAAGGCCAGUCCAGAACUGGAGCACAGGGUGAACAUAUACAACAAGAGAAACCAGGAAAGUCUGAGCGUAUUCCAGACCAAGCCACUAAUUCACCUGCAGGGGACUGAGCCAUCUCUGGAGGAGAAGUACAGGCUUAUGGAGCCGGCAGAUACUCCACUGAGCCAUAUACCGGACACAUAGAGCAUGAAGUUUGGGACGGUGACCACCAACACCAGCUGAAGCAGCCUCUCUCUAUAUAGCUUACUCACUGGCUGUGUCGGAAACAUGAAAAAUUAUGCCUUCGCUGACAGUAUCCCAAGGUAGGAAGACAUCAAGGCAUAUCCGAGUCUAGUGACUAGCCAAGUAGUUUCAGAGGCAGUGUAAAUGGCUCUAUGCCAGCACUGCUUCUGGUGAGCCACCUUCCUGCAGAGUUCAGGUCAAAAUCUGCUCCAACACACCUUCCCGUAGUUUUUAAGUUAUCCAGAACAUCUUGGUUGGUUGGUUCAGG